AUGUUUUCCAACGCGCUGAAAUCCAUCUCCGCUACCAACAUCACGGGCAACUACACAAUCUCCCCCAACGCGACCUCAGCAGCUGGUCCGUGGCGCAUCUACGAUGCCAAGAAGAAGUCGACUGGCAAGCCCUACAGCGUCUUCGUAUUUGACAAGAAGUCACUUGAUAGCCACGGCAACUCACUUGGUCGCUCCAGCGCCUCUUCCUUCAAAAAGACGGUCGAGGAGGUCGUCGAGCGAUUAAAAAAGGAAGCAUCGAGCCUGGCCAAGUUGCGACAUCCCAACAUCCUCGAGCUCGUGGAGCCGGUAGAAGAGACGAGGGGCGGCGGCCUGCAAUUUGUCACGGAACCUGUCACGGCCUCACUGUCAAGUCUGCUGCAAGAAAAGGAUGAACAAGAACGAGCCGGUGGCCCUGGCGGCCGCUCGAGCCGCUACGUAACGGAAGACGCCGACGGUGUGCGACGCAGGAGGGAACUAGAGAUUGAUGAACUCGAGAUUCAAAAAGGACUCUUGCAAAUUAGCAAGGCUCUGGAAUUCUUCCACGAAAACGCCGGCCUCGUUCAUGGCAAUCUCACGCCUGAUGCCAUUCUCGUCAAUUCCAAGUCUGAUUGGAAAAUAAGCGGUCUUUCCUUCUGCAGCCCGGCAGACGGCUCCAACAAGCCAACUUCAAUACAGGGCAUCAGCCUCCAUGAAGUACUCAACCUCGAUCCUCGGUUACCCAAACAUGUUCAACUAAAUCUCGACUACACAUCCCCCGACUUUGUCAUAGACAACAACCUAACAUGCUCCGCUGACAUGUUCUCCCUGGGCUUGUUAGCUGUGGCUCUAUACAACUCCCCGCACCGAUCACCCCUCGAGAGUCAUGGCAGCAUCUCAACUUACAAGCGCCUCUUUUCGUCCUCGUCGACUGUCCCGUCUGGCUCCAAUAACUUUCUCAGCUCACGGCCGCUGCCCAAGGAGCUCGCUAACCAUGUGCUGCCGCGCCUCAUCACGCGACGCCCUGCGCAGCGAAUGACGGCCCGCGAAUUCCAAGAGAGCGAAUACUUUGACAAUAUCCUUGUGUCAACAAUUCGAUUUCUUGACUCUUUUCCAGCCAAAACGCCAAACGAAAAGUCGCAGUUCUUGCGCGGUCUCAACAAGGUGCUGCCGUCGUUUCCUAAAUCCGUCAUGGAGAAAAAGAUUUUGCCAGCCCUAUUGGAUGAGCUAAAAGACAAGGACCUGCUUUCCCUGAUUCUUCAAAAUGUCUUCAAGAUUGUUGACCUUCUCCCCUCGGCUCGACGAGCUUUUAGCGAGCGAGUUCGUCCAGCACUCAAACAAAUUUUUGUCCUCAAUGCAAAGCAAUCACAAGAAAAGGACGCCGCCAGAGACGCUGGCCUCAUGGUAUUUCUAGAAAACCUGGCUGCCGCAGCCAACAACUGCAAUGGUCGAGAAUUCAAAGAAGAUAUUCUACCGGUUGUCGUUGCUGCUAUUGAAUGUCCCACCCCGUCAAUUGUUGACGCGGCUUUGCGCAGUCUUCCAGUCGUUCUACCUGCCCUCGACUUUAGCACCAUCAAAAAUGAGCUGUUCCCCAUUGUCGCUGCCGUUUUCAGCAAAACCAACAGCUUGGCCAUCAAGGUCCGUGGCCUGCAGUCCUUUGUUAUUUUGUGCGGCGGCUCCAAUGACGCCUCCGCUGGCGACGAUGGUCUCAGCGGCCUCACGCAGGAAAAGAAGAAGACGUCUUCCUCCACCGCGCUGGACAAGUACACCAUGCAGGAAAAGAUUGUUCCCCUCAUCAAGGUCAUAAAAACCAAGGAGCCCGCCGUCAUGAUGGCGUCUUUAAACGUCCUCGGCAUUGUCGGCGAUAUUGUCGAUGCCGACUUUGUCGCCAUGGACAUUCUGCCGAUCCUGUGGAGCAUGAGCCUCGGCCCGCUGCUCGACCUCAAGCAGUUUCAGGCUUUCAUGGCUCUCAUCAAGACGCUCUCGCGCCGCGUCGAGGACGAGCAGACGCGCAAGCUGCAGGAGCUAGCCGGUACAACCAGCGGCGCCACCGCGGCGCCCAACGAAGACUUCCUCGCCUUUGGCGGCGUCACCGGCACCGCGUUUGACAGCGGCGCCAACGGCGCCUCCGCCGACGACUUUGAGGCCCUCAUCAAGGGCAAGCCCGCGGCGAGCAGCAGCCCCAACCCAGCCGGUAGCAACGGCUUCGCCAGCUGGGACGCGCCCCAGGCCAACCCCGUCGCAGCUGCCAAAUCUCCAGUUAGCCCGCAAGCACCGGCCUUUGCCUGGUCCACGCAGACUCCGGUCAGCCCCGCCGCGUCCGCCGGUCGCUCGUCGUUUACGCAGCAGCAAGCCGGUUUCCGCACCGUCACACCGGACCUUGCGCGCUUCGAACCCAUGGCGCCGUCCUCGACGCAGUACAGUCAGCCGCUGCAGCCGUCGCCGGCCUCGUUUGCACAGCCCGGCAGCACAACGACGACAACAGCAACAAUACCUUCCACCUCGACUUCAGUCAACUGGGGCGCUGCGGCGGCCGCCGCGUCCAACCCUUGGUCAUCGGCUAGCGGCCCCAGCACGCCCAAUUACAGCGGCGUUGGCGCCGGCAGCAUGGCGUCGUCCAUGGCCAGCCUGUCCAUGGGCGGCGGCGGCGGACAGCGCCCAUCUCUGCCGAGCCAGACCUCGUCAUUUUCUCUGCCGCCGCCGCCAGGAGUCGGAGCGAGCCAACCAGCGACGACGUUUGGGGGCAGCAGUGCGUCGGCGUGGGCCAGCAGCCCGAGUGGCAUGGGCGGCAUGAUGGCGCAGCAGCAGCAGAGGGCGACGAGCGGCAGCGGAUCAGGCAUGAUGAAUGCAAGUAGAGGAAGCGCAAAUACCAAUACUAAUACGGCAGGGCAGUCCAAGAGCGGACUGGACAAGUAUCAGAGUCUGAUAUAA